UCAUUGAAAUGUUGACGUCAACACUUCCAAUAUGGCAGCCGUGUAGUGUGUGUACAUUUCCGUGUUUCACUUGAUUGCUGAACAAUUUCCGACGCGUUCCUUCCUCCUCCGUGCCCUAUUCUUGCCGUAUAAAUUGGCCAAUUUGACGCAAUGGCAUCUGCCAAUGAAAACGUGCGAGUUCCAACGGGCGUAAGUUCGGGAUUUGGCAGUAAAGGGACGGGGAAAAAAGCCACGCACUGGAAGAAAAACUCGGAGCGCCUGCCCGGAAGCAUUAAACCUGUGUACAGUGCCAAGUAUCCACCCAGUGAAAUUCUGAACCAGACACAAAUGAGGGACCAGACUGGGGUCAAACCCCGCCCCAAACAAAAGGAUGCUUUCGCCGCCUUUGACAGCAAGACCAGUGACGCCUGGGAAGUAAACGACGAGGAACUGUUGAUGCUGAAAGCCAGACAGCUGUCCCUGGAGAAGCAGAGGAGUGAGCAGGCCGAGAGGGCCGCUCAGCAGGCGCAGAUGCUGGAGGCCAGAAUCAGGUCCGAAGACACUGAGUUGGGGUCGCCCAGCAGAGAUGUGUCAGAACGGAGAGAAGAUCCUCAGGAAACCCCUCCACCCUCCCCCUCAUUGCGGUCCGGCGUUCCAGGCCUCGCAGUUAGGCAGAACUCGGACCUGGAGCCUCCUGUUCCUUCCUCCCCCAUCCGAACCAGCCCCAUGCCCAUGCCCGACAGGGAAGUCGGCAAACUGGCCAAGUUUAAGCAGCUACUGAGUGGCCUUAAUACAGAACUAGAUGACCUUAGAAAGCUUAGCUGGUCAGGAAUUUCAGGGGCGGUCCGUCCAACAGCCUGGAAACUUCUAUUGGGUUAUUUACCGGCCAACACGGACCGACGGGAACUUACAUUAGAGCGGAAACAAGAGGAAUAUUUUGGUUUUGUAGAUCAGUACUACGGCACGAGGACUGAUUCAUUACACAAAGAUAUGUUUAGGCAGAUUCACAUAGACAUCCCUAGAACCAACCCCCUAGUACCACUGUUUCAACAACCAAAAGUUCAAGAGAUUUUUGAACGAAUAUUGUACAUCUGGGCGAUCCGGCAUCCAGCCAGUGGUUAUGUCCAAGGCAUCAACGAUCUAGUUACUCCCUUCUUUGUAGUAUUCCUUACCGAACAUACAGCUGAAAAUGUAGAUGUUACAGAUAACUUGGACAUCACGACGUUACCGACAGACAAGAUACGCAAGGUGGAAGCAGACACGUUCUGGUGCAUGAGCAAGCUGCUGGACGGCAUCCAGGACAACUACACCUUUGCCCAGCCGGGCAUUCAGGCCAAAAUCAACUCACUCAAAGAACUCGUGCAAAGAGUCAACGCUCCCCUACACCACCAUCUACUCAGCCACCAAGUAGAGUAUCUUCAGUUUGCCUUCCGAUGGAUGAACAACUUGCUGAUGAGGGAACUGCCGUUGAAAGGAACAAUACGCCUCUGGGACACGUACAUGAGCGAGCCUGAGGGUUUUGCCGUGUUCCAUCUCUACGUCUGUGCUGCCUUCCUUAUCAAGUUUGCUGACGCCGCCAUGAAAGAGAAAGACUUCCAGGGUAUCAUGCUGUUGCUUCAAAACCUACCAACAGCCAGCUGGACCAACCAAGACAUCAGCCUGCUACUAGCCGAAGCUUAUAGCCUCAAAUACAUGUUUGCAGACGCACCCCGGCACUUGAGCCAACAGGCCAAGAAAUGAGAUCGGUCAGCCGUAGCCCUCAGCCCAUCCACCGAGACACGAGCCAAGGUACGGUGUACCAGCAACUGCUCACAGACGGACAUAGAACUACACAAGUUUACCCGUUAGGGCGGGGGCCCAAUUUCAUAGCACUGCUUAACAGUUAGCAGAAAAGUUGUGCUUAGCAUAGCAGACAAAUGUGACCUGCCAUAGCAUAAUGAGGAAUA